AUGCUUUUCGACAACAAGCCUCCAAAUCCGGUCUAUGCGACUCUGGAUGAGAUGAAUUCCGCCCUUGCCGAGAUCCAGGACGAGAUCCAGCGCAACGGCAAUGACGAGGACAUCAUCAGCACCGACUCGGAGGACCUACACCGCCACGGGUACUCGGAGUGGUCGAGCUCGAACCCGGAGACGCUGCCGGUCGCGGUGGCGUACCCGCGCUCGACCGAGGAGGUCUCCAUCAUUGCGCGCAUCUGCCACAACUACCGCAUCCCCAUCAUCCCGUACUCGGGCGGGUCGAGCCUCGAGGGCAACUUUAGCGCGCCGUUUGGGGGUGUCAGCAUCGACUUUGCGUACAUGGACAAGAUUAUCAAGUUCAACCAGGAGGACAUGGAUAUCGUGGUGCAGCCGAGCAUUGGGUGGCAGGAUCUGAACUCGCAGCUGCUGGAUAUGGGCAGCAGACUGUUCUUCCCGAUCGAUCCGGGCCCGAAUGCUAAAAUCGGUGGAAUGGUUGGCACGAAUUGUUCCGGGACGAAUGCAGUCAGGUACGGCACAAUGAAGGACUGGGUCUUGAACCUGACCAUUGUCCUUGCCGACGGCAGCGUCAUCAAGACAAGGAGGAGACCGCGGAAGAGCUCGGCCGGGUACAAUCUGAAUGGGCUCUUUGUUGGCUCUGAGGGCACGCUAGGAAUAGUCACUGAAGCCACACUCAAGCUCGCCGUUAUACCUGAGGAGUUCUCCGUCGCCGUCGUCACCUUCCCCUCGAUUCGAGACGCCGCUGCCGCCGCCGCCGGUGUCAUGCAGAACGGCAUCCCUGUUGCAGCAAUGGAGAUCAUGGACGAGGUGCAGAUGAAGGUGGUCAACCUGGGCGGCGCGACUGCCCCGCGAGUCUGGAAGGAGGAGCCGACCCUGUUCUUCAAGUUUUCCGGGACGAAGCAGAGCGUGGCUGAGAACGUGAGCCGUGUCCAGGCCAUCACGAGCGCGAACAAGGGCAGCAACUUUGAGUUCGCCAAGGACGAGCGCGAGCAAAAGCUGCUGUGGUCGGCGCGCAAGGAGUCGCUGUGGUCGAUGCUCGCCCUGCGCAAGGGCAACGAGGAGGUCUGGUCGACGGACGUCGCAGUGCCGUUCAGUCGGCUCGCGGAGUUGAUUGAGAUUAGCAAGAAAGAGAUGGACGAUCUGGGCCUGUUUGCGAGUAUCCUUGGCCACAUUGGCGACGGCAACUUCCACGAGAGCAUCAUGUACAACCGCCAGGACCCGGCCGAGAGGGAGAAGGUCGAGAGAUGCGUCAAGAACAUGGUGAGGCGGGCGAUCGAUAUGGACGGAACGUGCACAGGCGAGCAUGCUAUUGGAUGGGGCAAGAAGGAGGCGCUCGAGUGGGAGGUCGGGCCGGAGACGCUUGCGGUCAUGAGGCAGCUCAAGCAUGCGCUGGAUCCGAGAUGGAUCAUGAACCCGGGAAAAAUCAUGGACCUCGCUUAA